ACAAGACUUUGGAGGCCACUUUGCUCGGCGGUCUGUCACAGAUGCACACGCAGUGAGGUCUGUUCGCUGCAACAUCCUUAUUUUUUUUCCUGACCCGGAGGGGACAGGAACACAGUCAGCUCUUCGUCAUGAGGUCCUUCUUCCCUCUGCUCCUCUCCUUGUUCUUGGUGUCCCAUGGAUCUUCAGCUGUCAUCACAGGGGCCUGUGAGAGGGACUCUCAGUGUGGAGGAGGGAUGUGCUGUGCAGUGAGCUUAUGGAUCCCCACUCUGCGUAUGUGCAUGCCCAUGGGACGGCAAGGAGCCGAGUGCCAUCCUCUGAGCCACAAGGUUCCUUUCUUUGGGAAAAGGCUCCACCACACCUGCCCCUGCCUGCCCAACCUGUCGUGUACGGUCAUUGGACCCGGAAGAGCCAAAUGUCUCUCACCUUAUGAGUCUCCAGAAUACUUCCUCUGAGGAUCGGAACGUCUAGUAUUUGCCGUACCUGUGCCACAAGUACGCUGCUUUCCCGUAAAAACCUGUUUUUCUAUUAUAUGAAUAGAGGUAUAUUUCUAAA